GUUUGAACAUUGCUCCUCGCAACCCGUUCGUUCGGCGAUCGCGGCUCGGGGUCUGGCGCAGGGAAUUCGCGAAGCUCAGCCGAAUUCGAGACCGAGGAAUCGAAGGCUCAAGGCCGCAGAGACAGGAACGAGUCGGCAGCGAGGUGCGCUUGCGAUGCGCUUCGUAAUUUCGUCGUGGUGUUUGAAGGUCCGAAUCGUGCGUUCCAGUUGAAGAACUUAGAUCGAGGAUGAAUACCAUCUCGGCAGGCGGUUGCUGAUUGCUGAUUUCUAGGGACGUCGAAAGAGUGAUGUCACUGUCCCUAUAGUGCUCUUUCAUGUGAUCCUGCGUUUGGUGUCACGAUGAGUAUCGCCUCAGUCGACGAUUGGGAGAUUGUUGAUGAUGAUGGAUUUAUAUUCAAGCGUCGGAAGAAGUUGCAAACGGGUCCCUGUGAGGAUGAUCCUGACACAGCAGAAGAACGCAGACAGUGGGCAGAAUCUCAGCAGCGUUUCAAGGAAGAACUCGCUCGUAGAAAGAAGGUUGCAAUGCUGGAAUCUAAGAAAUUGAAGUUCAUGGCUGAGAUAGAAGAUUGGCAGAGAUUGCUCAACACAGAGGCAAUCGAAAUCCGGCCAGCCGAUCCAGUCAUCGCCAAGUUACCUGAAACGUCGGAUCAUGAGCUUCAGGAAGCCGUAGACGAUAGUAUCGUGAAACUGCAAGUGCAGGUCGAGACGUAUGAAGAGUUAAAUGAACGCCUGAAGAAGCUUCGAGAGAAAGGAGAGCACAUGUGCAGUAUGUUGGAGAAAACGAUCAAGACUAAGACCAAGGGCUUGAUUGACGAAGUGACCUUGUUGCAGAAUAGUCCUCGGUUUUUGAUAGGUGGUCUGACAUCCUCCCUACCUGCUCCGCUGGGUAUCAAAGCUUUAGCCGUAUCGACUGAGGUAGGGCGAUUGCUGGCUCAGUCACCAGUGUAAACAACAUUCCCCUUCUUGCAGAAACAUGGGAUCCUGGUGGCAGUAACGAUUAUCUGUGGGGCUUUUCGGAGGUGUCUUCGUUGAGGAUCGAUUUCUACUUAAGACUCACUAUUACUUCCAUCGCAUGUACUGUAGACUCGUCCUUCAGUCUAAACCAUUCAUCCUGUUGACAUUAGCAAGUAAAUAUUACACAAACUCUAUGACCUAUGUUGAAGCUCUAUAAAACGGAGCAUUUACUCUUUCCUCUGUUGAUCUCCCAUGUUAUGAUCCUUCAGACAGAUCUCAUUGCUGUCAUUGCUAAUGUUAACGCAGUAUAACGGGAGUUGCGUUCCUGUUGUGUACAAUUACUACAGAAUGAAUGGAUGUGAUAACUGUUCCUAUCAGUGAGUAGAACUUAAAUCUCUUCUCUCAGUUCUAACCUUCCAGCGGAAAUUCGGCAAUCCGUUUCCAGGUCGUCAGCAUUUUGUCGUUUGUAUCAGUUUCAUAUAGACAGAGCUUGUUCACCACAAAUUCAGAAUUCUUGUAAAACUGACUGUACUUCUCAGCGACAGCUUUAGCUGAAUUCAAAUCCUCAUCACUUAAAUCCCCGUAGAUCAGACUCAGGUGAGGCAUGUACUC